GAGUCCAAAUUGCUUUUCGCAAAGACCCGACCCGUUCUACAGCCAAAUCGAUCUCCCCCGCACAGCAUAACAAAACCCCCCCUUCCCCAAUUUCAUUGCCGGAAUUUCCUCAAUUGAAUCUAAUUCAGUUUCAGUUGCAGCUUCCCUUCUUCGUCUUUCCUCUGUGUAAACCCCCAAUUUUCUCGACUGAUCGAUCAUACAAUUUACAUAUAUAUAUAAGCAGAUUAUCGGAAGAUGGAUGGGAACAAAGACGAAGCUUUGAAGUGUCUGACAAUCGCCAAGAAUUCAAUCGAAUCGGGCGAUAAAAGCCGUGCCCUAAAAUUCCUAAACAAAGCUCUCCGAUUGGACCCGUCGAUCGAAAUCGGCGAUUUGAUGUCGAAUCUCAACUCUCCGGAACCGGGAAUUAACAACCCCGACGGUCCCACCGCCGACAAUUCCUCCAAUUCCCCCCGAACCGGCCCCCGCCGUAGGGUUCCGGCGGCUGCGCCGCCGUCCUCCUCGACUACAUCGGCUGUCUACACCGAGGAGCAGGUCACUGUGGUCAGAGAGAUUAAGAGGAAGAAAGACUAUUACGAGAUAUUGGGGUUGGAGAAGAGUUGCAGUUCCGAAGAUGUGCGCAAGGCUUAUCGGAAAUUGUCGUUGAAGGUCCAUCCCGACAAGAACCAGGCUCCGGGGGCGGAGGAGGCGUUCAAGAUGGUCUCGAAGGCGUUCCAGUGCUUGACGAACGAGGAGAGUCGGAGAAAGUACGAUGUUCUCGGCACCGAAGACGAGCCCGUUUACCAGCGGCGAGGUGGUGGUGGUGGUGCCGGCGCUAAUGGAAUGAGAGGGUUUAACGGGUUUUACGAUGGCGGAGAUGUUGAUGCCGACGAAAUUUUCAGGAAUUUCUUUUUCGGUGGGAUGAAUCCCGCCGCUAAUUUCGGCGGUGGGUUUAAUUUUGGGCCCGGUGUGAGAGUGAGAACCGGUGGUGGUGGUGGUGGGGUUGAUCAUGGCUCUCACAGUAGACUGAGGACUUUGAUCCAGUUGUUGCCUGUGAUACUGAUCUUGUUGGUUAAUUUCUUGCCUUCGUCGGAGCCUGUUUAUUCUCUCAACCGGUCUUACUCGCAUGAUGUUAGGUUCACUACGCAGAAGGGUGUGAAUUAUUUCGUCAAAUCGGCAAAGUUUGAGCAGCAAUAUCCGCCUAACACACAGGAGCGGAUUGCGAUCGAACAGAAAGUUGAGGAUGACUAUCACUCGAUACUUACGCAUAAUUGCAGGCUCGAGUGGCAGCAGCUUCACUGGGGGUACAGAAGGGAAACGCCGAAUUGUGAUGCGUUGAAGCGCUUCGAGGCUGUGGCUCAGUGAUUUUAAUCCAAGAUUAACUAGAUAUCCUCUACUUUAAGGCUUUUCUCGGUCAAGAGUCGAUCCCGAAUAUCACAAGUUUGUGGUGUCUAGAAAGAUCGAUCGAGAUGAAAUAUGUAGAGAAUUUCAUCACAGAGUUUCGAAAUGCUGAAUGUGCAGUAAACUACUCGAAUAUAUUUUGUUACAAUCAUCUACACUACUUAUAUUGAUUGCGUCAUGUUUGGUUAUGUCAAUCUUUUGCCACUGGGAUUUAUGUAUAAUUUUGAACUGUUCGUAUUUACAUGAAAUAAUAAUAUUUUGGGCAA